AUGGCUGAAACUGCAGUGUUCCAUCUUCUAGCCAAUCUUGCACCCUUCCUUCAGGGAGAGGUGAAUUUGUUGAGUGGAGUUCGGGAAGCAAUGGAAGACAUCAGAGAUGAAUUCGAGCGCAUGUCGGCUUUCCUCAUAGUUGCUGAUGCUACGGAAGAAAGGGACCCCGAACUGAAAGUUUGGGUCAAACAAGUCCGAGAUGCUGCUUAUGACACUGAGUACGUUCUUGACAAAUUCAAGCUUCACCUUGCACAACAUCACGGCGAUGGAUUCGGUGGUUUCCUUCGUAAGUCUUUUUACUUUCCCAAGACUUUAAAAGCUCGCCACCAAAUUGCUUCUGAAAUACAAAGAUAUAGCGAGCGUUCUUCUCGACUUCGUUCUCUGUUUGUGUGGGGGCCGAUGGAUUCAUUGCCUAAUGCAUCCUUGCGUGAGUUGUUUAGACAUGGUUCGAGGCUGCUAAAUGUGUUAGAUUUGUCAGGUAUUCCAUUAGAUACUAUACCGAAUGAAGUUUUUAAACUGAUCCAUCUCAGGUACCUUGGCUUGACGAAUACAAAAGUGAAGAUGGUCCCAAAGUUGAUUGGGAAGCUUGAGAACUUGGAGACCUUAGAUCUAGGAAGAACCUAUGUGACUGAGUUGCCUGAUGAAAUCCUACACCUUCAGAAAUUGCGCAAUCUCAUAUCAUUUCAUCGUAUACCAACAACCGCUAAUUUGAAACUUCGAGAUCUUUGUGGCUUCAAAUCUCCAUCUCAGAUAGGAAGGUUGCAAUAUCUACAAGUGCUGACGUUGAUAGAGGCAGACCAAAACAGUGAAGGUGGGAUUAGUAUAGCGAAAGAGCUGGGGAGGCUAACCCAACUAAGGGAGUUAUCCAUUGGGAAUUUAAGAAGAGAAGAUGGGGUGAUUUUGUGCUCUUCCAUUGAGAAGCUCAGCAAUCUUCGCAAAUUAUGUGUAAUGUCAACAAAAGAGGAUGAGAUCCUUGAUCUGCAAUCUCUGUCUCCAGUUCCUCGAUUUCUUCAAGAGUUAUACUUGGAUGGACGUUUGGAGAAGUUUCCGCGCUGGAUACCUUCUCUCCGUGGCCUUUUCGUUUUAACUUUAGGGUGGAGCAAGUUAAGGGAUGAUCCUUUGCAAUCCCUUCAAGAAUUACCCAAUUUGGCUAAGCUUGUAUUUGAACAGACAUGCGAAGGUGAGGUAUUGUGUUUCAAGGCAGGAGGGUUUCAGAGGCUUAAACGUUUACGCCUUUCUAACUUAAAAGGAUUGAGAUGGGUGAGAGUGGAGGAGGGAGCAAUGCCCCACCUUGAAGCUCUAAUUAUCCGUGGGAGUGAAUUGAUGGAGGAGGUCCCCUCAGGCAUCCAACAUCUAACCCACGUCCAAACGUUUGAGCUUGGUGAUAUGUCUGAGAAAUUGAUUUCUAAGUUAAAUCGAGAAGUACAAGAUGAGAAUUAUAGAAAAAUAGCGCACAUUCCUGAAGUUAUAUAUUGGUACUGGGAACAUGGUCAAUGGAAAGUAAAGUUUCUAUGA